UAGCGCGUGACGGACGAGGUGAGCGGUCGGUGUCCGGGUCGUACCAGCGGGCUUCGCAUCAUCGGGCUUGGAGAUACGGUCGGCGAGCGAUCCGCCAGUAGGCUGUUCCGACGCCAUGUCGAAGGUGAGGUGAAUGGAUGGGGAGAGAGGGAGGAGUCAGAGGUCGGAUGAAGUAGUAGUAGUGGUGUUCCAGAGGGAGGGGCGGCGGGGUAACAGCGGCGGAGAUCAACAAAGCGCUCAGCACGACAGGAGACGGAAUCGGACACACAAAAGAGAGAAGAACGCGUUGCCACAGGCUCACAGCAACGAGGGAUCAGGGAGGGGAGGGAUUGAUUGAGAGCUCAACACCGCAAAGCAGCAAAGGCAGAGGCAG